AUGCGCAGGGAGUAUCCAAGAAAUGCACAUAGCAGCAGGAAUACCUCAGAACAACAUUUUUCUUUACCUACUCAGUAUAAAAUACAAGAUGAUGAAAUCACACCAGUUUUGAUAACAGAAGAUACCAUUAUUCCACACUCAGUCCACAAUGAAUACCUAUCACCCCUGCUCUAUAAACAUGAGCAAUGUUUGUCUAACGUAGAGUCUAGUAGCACAGGCCGUGGCAGAUAUAAACCUCUGUCUAUUCAUCAGAGAGUUCUAAAUGGUGAGAAGCCAUUUUCAUGUUCUUAUUGUGGGAAGUGCUUUUCAUAUAAAUCAGAUCUUAUUCGACAUGAGAGAAUCCACACAGGGGAAAAGCCCUUUGCAUGUUCUGAGUGCGGAAGAAGUUUUACCUAUAAAUCAGUACUUAUACAACAUCAGAGAAUUCAUAAUGGUGAAAAGCCAUUUUCCUGUUCUGAUUGUGGAAAAAGUUUUGCUCAGAGAUCUGUUCUUUUUAAACAUCAAAGAAUUCACACUGGGGAAAAGCCAUAUGCAUGUCCAGAGUGUGGGAAAUGUUUUAAUCAAAAAUCAUCUCUUGGUGAACAUCUUCUGAUCCACUCUAGUGACAAACCAUACACUUGCUCUGACUGUGGAAAAUCCUUUACUCAGAAAUCACAUCUUGCUCAACAUCAAAAGAUUCAUACAGGAGAGAAGCCGUUUUUGUGUCCUGAAUGUGGCAAAUGUUUUCGAUUUCAAUCGGAUCUUAUUCGACAUAAAAAAAUUCAUACAGGAGAGAAGCCUUUCCCCUGUUCAGAGUGUGGAAGAGCAUUCACAUACAAGUCUGUUCUUAUUCAGCAUCAGAGGAUCCACAAUGGUGAAAGGCCCUUUUCUUGUUCUGAUUGUGGGAAAUGUUUUGCACAAAAAUCAAUUCUUGACAAACAUCGAAAAGUUCAUGCAACAAAUGUAAACUAGUGAAAUAAACAAAGUGUUUUAUGCAUCCAUGGAAUUAUUUCUGAAGGAAAUAUGCAUCAGAGAUUAUAAGAAAGCUUAUUAUUUUACAUUUUGUUUUCUUUAAAGGCAAUAUUACUUUGGCCUCCAAGGAGGA